AUGGCGUCCAGCGAGGAGGACGGCACGGUUGAGGAGAAGGAAAACAACAACAAGAGGAGAACGAAAAGCGCCGUCGCUACCGCAUGGCUCACUUUCUACAACAUCGCCAUGACCGCCGGGUGGCUGGUUUUGGCCAUUGCAAUGAUGCGCUUCUACAUCCAGAAGGGCACACACAAGGGUCUGUACAGAAGUAUAGCAAGGACACUCAAGUUUUUCCAGACCUUUGCAUUACUUGAGGUGGGACAUUGUGCCAUUGGAAUUGUGAGGACUUCUGUGAUUGUAACCGGGGUGCAAGUGUGUUCACGGAUCUUUAUGGUUUGGUUCAUCACCAACAGCAUCAGACAGAUCCAGAAUGAAGAAAGCGUUAUCCUAUUCCUGGUUGUGUGGACGGUGACAGAGAUUACCAGAUAUUCCUACUACACAUUCAACCUGCUCCACCACCUGCCGUACUUCAUCAAAUGGGCCAGAUACAACCUCUUCAUCGUCUUGUACCCCCUGGGGGUCGUCGGAGAACUGCUGACCAUUUAUGCCGCCCUGCCGUUCGUACGCAGAUCUGGAAUGUACUCCAUGAGGCUCCCUAACAAGUAUAACGUGUCGUUCGACUACUACUACUGCCUCAUCAUCGUCAUGUUAUCCUACAUCCCACUGUUUCCUCAGCUCUUCUUCCACAUGCUGCGUCAGAGGAGAAGGGUGCUUCACGGGGAGGUCAUAGUGGAGAAGGACGACUAGACAAGCCACCACCUCACGCCUUCGUUUGAGCCAGCCCCGUCACCCUCACCUCCCCCACUUCAUCUUUAGCACCAUCGACCGUUACAUUCUUCAUUGCACGGGACCGGAAGAGCCGCACAGAUGACGACAUGUCUGACGAGAGUGAUAAUCAGGAAGAAAGGAGCUCACCAGUACUGAGCAAUAAUAACUCAUCCUUUAAGUCUUUACAGGAGUGAUUCCUAUCUGAAGGGUAAUAUUGGAAACAUGUUUACAGUCCCAGUGUUGCUGGAGCUUGGGACUCAGCACAGAGUCCUUUAUCAGCCUUACUGCACCUUGUUGCACUGAAAAACAUGAGCCACAGCAGAGUCACAACACCUGUCUGAAGGAGAAAAAGGUAAAGGAGAGGCUUCCAGGGAAAUGUGAAAUGAAACAUGGGGGGAAAAUUGCAAGUUGUGUCUCCUGAGUUGUCCAACCCCCGAACCGACCCAAUUGGCAGUUUUUUAAGUGUAUUCCACCACAGUGAUUUUCUACAGACGUAGCGUGGCUGUACAAAACAAGGUUUAAAAAGAAAAUGUUCAUAGUUCUAUCAUACCUCAACAAUAAAUCUACAUUUAGACAAUAUGCUGCUUCUUUUGUGUAUGUUUGUAAAUGAUGCAAAUGUGAAAUGAGCGGUUAAUAGUAAGCAUAUUUCUUAAAGAUAAUUGACAUACUGUAUCACUUAGAGCAAGCACAGCUCAAACUUAACAUUUCGUCUGCUUGGCUGCUGCAUUCUUCUAUGUUGCUUUGAUGUUUACUAUGUCAAAUUAAUUUACAAGGGUGCAUCUUAAACAAAUUUGAGUCUUCAAAAAAGAUAGACCUUCUAUAGACCGCUGUAGGUGAGACUACAAUUCAGAUUUGUGUGAGCACUCGCAGUCUUUAGUUGCUGAUGUGUGUUUUUUAACAUAAGGAAUCCCAUGUCCGUGUUGGUAGAAAGGUAGUUAGAUUCCCUCCUACUAAAGGUACUACAUCAUUUCAAUCUUCUGUGCAGCUGAAGGAGUGACUGUGAUUGGAGUUGACCUAAAGUAGGAAAACAGGAUGUGAAAUGAUUGAGAGGAAAUGUUGCAUAGCCCAAGUUUAUCUACAAAAAUACACAUUUUUGCUUAUAAUCUGGGUUAGGGAGGAGAGAAACAAUAAAAGUCAAUGUCACAAAAAUCACUGGGAAAGUUAUUUUUCAAGAACUAAACAAUAGAAAUGUGAAAAUACCUUUUUGUGCAAAAUCAAUAAACAAAAUUCUACAAUA